CGCAACUCGCUCAUUGAAGACCAGGAGAAGAUCCUGUGGACCUCCGGCUACUUCGCCGACGGCAACGCCAAGUCCUGGUGGCUCGGUAUCCGUGACAGUCCGACUAUGGCCCACCUCCUCACCUCCUUCGCGUCUUUCAAAGACGCGUUCAUCUCCCACUUCGGCGACCCUCACGUCUCUGCCGCUGCGCUCGACAAGCUCAAGUCACUCCGCCAGACCUCCUCCUGCGCCACCUACGUUGCCGCCUUCCGUGAGCAGCUCCCGUAUGUUGAGCUCACUGAAGCGACCAAGAUCGACAUGUUCAAGGCCGGUCUCAAGCCCAUCAUCCGCAACCUUAUGGUCACCAUCCUGGACCAGCCCACCGACUUCGACAGCUACGCAAGCAUCGCCAUCAAGUUCGACCACGAGCAGUACCGCGCUCAGAAGGAACUUCAAAUUGACGCCCUCCGCCAGCAGCGCCUCCCCUCGCAGAUCUCACCUGAAGAACUGCAGCGCCGCAUCGACCUCAACCUCUGCCGUUACUGCGGUGGAGAGAACCACAAUGCCGACAACUGC